CAGUGAGAUGAGACGUUCACGGACCCGCUCUGACUGACUUACUGACUGCUGUUGAACUCAGAGAGGGAGAAAAAGUUGGUGAAGAUUUCAGGUUGAAGAUGCACUGAAAACCGAGAAAAACUGCCAAGAAAGCCAGACUCCAGUUGUUGUGCAGCGGUGGGCGACACAGCUGUACCGUCACCAGACCGACAGGACCGGUCUAAACUAUUCUUCAGAGAUGUCUGACCUUGAAGCAAAGAAGGGUUUUCAGCCCCCACUUUAAAGCCACAUAUUUCUUUUUUUUUUCAUUCAUUUUGUGUUCAUCAUACCACACGAGAGCACACUACAGCAGCUGGGAGCAAUGUCUUUUUUGAUAAAGAAGAAGAAGUUCAAGUUUCAAGUGCACUUUACGUUGGAGGAGCUCACGGCGGUUCCUGUCGUCAAUGGAGUGCUUUUCUGCAAGAUCCGGCUGAUUGAUGGGGGGGACUUUGCCAUCUUGUCAACCAGGGAGGAGGUGCGGCAGAACUGUGUUCGAUGGAGGAAGAAGUACUCUUUUGUGUGUAAAGUGGGUUCUAAUCCCAUCACAGGAGUGUUGGACCCCUGCAUCUGCCGGGUCUCUGUACGUAAGGAGGUCAAAGGAGGAAAGAGCUUUUCAAAGCUAGGUUUUGCUGAUCUCAACAUUGCAGAGUUUGCUGGUUCAGGCUCUGCAGUCCGCUGCUGCAUCCUGGAGGGUUAUGACACCAAAAACACUCGACAAGACAACUCCAUCCUCAAGGUAACAAUAGGAAUGACUCUUCUGUCGGGGGAUCCCUGCUUUAAAACGCCUCCCAGCACGGCCAAAUCAGUCUCCAUCGGGGACGAGGACCCCACCCUGCAGCUGGACUGUAAGGGUGAGAGCACUGAUCCCACGUUGCAGCCACUAGGAGGCAUCAUUGAGGCUCCUCACCUCUUCAAACCCAGACAGUCAUCAGUACGAAGCUCAGGGCUUCCUGAGGACGGAGACGGUGCGUCCAGUCCAGAUGAGGUCUUUCAAACUGGCCAUUUCCGCAGCUCCAGCUACGCCAGCCAGCACAGCAGGAUCUCAGGUCAGAGAGCUUCAUCAUGCUACAACCGAGGCUACAGUACAGCUCACUCUCGCUGCUCCAGCCUGACUGACCUCAGUCACCAUAGGAACACCUCCUCCAGCAGCGGCGUCUCCUCCGGGUUCGCCCAUUCCCCCCUGCUACCUCCCUCUACCCCGACCGCCACCGAGCCGCACCGACAAGCAACUCCCACCAAACCAGAGAGACCUCCUCUACCCUCGGCAGCAGCCCUCAUGUCCAACAGAUCCUCCAGGAGAAAGAAGACCACCGUGGAGAGGCAGCCCAGCUGUGUGGACGACACCCGCAUCGAUGCGGACGACAUCGUGGAGAAGAUCGUCCAGAGUCAGAACUUCUCUGACAGCAGCGACGAUGAAGACAGCAACUUGAGACUGUUUGUCAGCAAAGAUGGGACCACUGCCCUCAGCGGGACGCAGCUCGCCAACAGAGGAUCACCUGGUAUAUUUGAGCCGGUGGUCAUCGAGACUCACUGAAAGAUACAUGAACUCGUCUCCAGCAUCAUCAACUGGUACGAUGACAUCGGAUUGUCUGCGACUGCAUGUGCAAGUAUGUGCAUACUUGUCUUCAGGGCACACGGCUUGAAAUAAGACUACUAUGAUAUUGAUGUGGAACCUUCCUGGUAUAUUUAAUCCGGUGGUGGGAGAUGUGUAACAUAUGAUUACUGUGUUUUCUCAAAUAGUGGACGGGCCUUUUUUUUUACUUCACAUGAAGAAAGAACCAGGCGUUUAUUUUUAUAUUAUAUUAUGUUGUAAGUACAUUUGAAAAUAUUCCGCUGUUAAUGCAGAUUUAACAGAUAUGUCCUCAAUGCAUCCGUUUUACAUUAAAACACUGCCAGAAGUCCAGAGGGAAUAGUUCCUCCUCUUUCCCGGGAGGAUUUUAUAGUGGAGCAUCUGCAGGAAGUGUUGAGUUUAACAUUGGAAAAGUAGAAUCACCCAGAAUUAAUUCAACAGUGAGUGAGAACUGCAGAGCCUGGCAAGUAUCGGGAGUACACUAUUUUUUAUCCUCAUGCACAGGAAUUAGUCAUCCAUGCUCUAAAAUUACCGAAUUUAUGAGCACAAAUAAGUACUCUGGAAUUAAUGUCGAGUCACUUUAACAGCAGGAAUUUGAAGCUCCUAAAAAUACUGAAUUCAUUCCUUCAUGUUGAUAUUGUAUUGACAUUCAGUUCAUUCACUUUAUUAUCCCAGAUGGGAAACUCAUUUCAGUUGUUCUUGUCCCCUCACCCCCCACUCUUUUUAUAUACAUUUGUUAUGGUACAUUUCAGUGAUACUGGCCAGCUGUUGGCAGCUGUCAUGUAGGCCUAUAGGGGCCUAAUGCAGCACAAAAUAAACACUAAUAUAUUGUGAGUGGAAAGACUUCCGAUCUUGCUUGUUAAACGAUGUUAUCUUUCACGUCCAUUUGUUGAAAUGUUAAUAUUGUUUAACGUUAUGUUUGGUUAAUUCAUGUGCAUACACUUUGAGUUUGAGAGUUUUUGCAACUGAUUCGACUGUUAUUAGGCCAUUAAAUAGGCGUUAUCAGUCGCUAUAAACACCAUAGAUGUGGGUCAAUAAUGGCCUACUACACCUACUACGUUAUAAAAGGGAAAGUGAAACUUAAACGCAACAUGUAAAACUGAA